AUGUUUUUCCCCGUAGGAUGGCCGCGGGUCCUCAACACCUGCGAGCAGGGCAAGAUAAACGCGGUGGUGUGCAACAGGGACAAAAUUAUGUUCGCCAUUCUCACCGCGGAUGCCAUCGUCAUCUGGUACUGCAAGCCCUGUGUACCGAUUGUAUUUAGCAGACGGUCUGCAAACUCUUUGUGGCAACAUGGUGAGAACGUCUUGGUGCAGUGGAGGCCAGACUCGAGUAUGCUGGUUAUCGCCACGUCCGACAGCUACCUGCUGUUCUACAGACUUUCAGACAACAGCGCGGAGGGUCGGGGACUUUAUGAACAACGAGACUCGCCGGUUACCAGCUUGAAACGGGAUAGCGCAGAAUUAUUUAUCAAAGAAGUCAUUCCAUCCCUCGUCUUGAGUUUUGAAAAGUCUGCUUGGAUCGACGGUGGGAUCAGUUCGUUGGUUUGUAUACGAGACGAGCUUAUGGUAGCGACCAAAACUAGCCAUGUGGUGCGCCAUAAAUGGGACGGCACCGUGAAUCGCGACUAUUCCUUAGACCUGAGACGUAUACCGUUCAGUAUUGAUCAGCAAAUUUCUACGGUGGCCGUACCACUGACGGAGAAUAACGUUUAUGUUACCGAUAUCGAGUAUUCACCUCUCGUUGGAGGUUUCGCUAUUGUGCUAAAUAAUGGCAAAGCCGCAUUUCUCACUGCUCAAUCUUUGAAGUUUGAUCCUAAUCAAGUGCAGGGGAUCUGGGCUCAGGAUUUGGACGAUGCUACUUGCGCCGCUGUUAAUCAUAAAUAUCGGCUAAUUGCUGUUGGUAGGCAAAACUCCGAAGGCGUCGUAUACUAUGUCGAUGAAACAACUGGCGGUUUAGAGAUGUCGCACACCCUGAGUCUAUCCUCCAAGGAUUAUCCAGGCCGACCGGGUAGCGUGAGAUGUCUCAGAUGGACGCCCGAUAGUUGUGCCAUCGCUCUAGCUUGGGAAGGCGGUGGCUUAGCACUGUGGAGUACCUUUGGUGCUCUAUUGCUCUGUAGCUUGAAAUGGGAUUACGGCCUACGUGUGGAUCUGACGCACGAUAAUCCUCUGCAUAUCCAUACGAUGGAAUGGUCCGCGGAGGGUUAUCAGUUGUGGAUGCUGCGAGAAUCUCCAGGAUCUUUGAUUACCAACGAAAACGGCAACACAGCGACUAAUUCAAAUCGCUCUCUCAUUCAAUUGGACUUUGCUAAGAGUCCUCUGACUAUCAAUCCAUGUAUGGGCCAUCAUGGACAUUUAUAUCUUCAAGGUGAAGAUAGACUGUAUUUAAAUCUGGGCGCCGGAUUAUCCUCGACCGCUUCGGGUUUUCAUCUUGCCGCCGAAAUGCCCAACGACAGUAUGCUCCAGACACUCGCCGGCUGCAAACAGUGGCUCGUUGUUCCUAUUCCGACUGCAUACAGUGGUUCUAAUUGGCCGAUUCGGUACACUGCAAUAGAUAGCGAAGGUUUAAGUCUUGCAGUGGCCGGUCGAACGGGACUAGCACAUUACUCCCUACCUUCGAGAAAAUGGAAAUUGUUCGGUAACGAGAGUCAAGAGCGAGAUUUCAUAGUGACUGGUGGAUUGUUAUGGCAUAAAGGAUAUCUCAUAGCCAGCAGUUAUUCCAUAUUGGACGAUAAAGAUGAGAUUAGAAUUUAUCCGCGCGAUACUCGGCUCGAUAAUAAUUAUGUCAAGAGCAUUAGGAUGCCCUCGCAGGUGCUACUAUUGAAUACGAUGAAAGACAGACUCCUAAGUUUCUGUGCCAAUGCUCAAAUUAGUAUCUACGAUAUGGUGUUGCAAAACGGCGUGGAAGCUGCCGGCAUCGAAUUAACGAGAAUACAAACGGUGGACAUCAGUGGACUGUGCGUACAUCCCGCUUGCGUAGUCAGCGCCACGUUGACCUCGAUUCGCGCCGAGACCGCUGGCAGUCAUCCUCACCCUGAGAGUCUCCUGCUGAACGUCUCCGGACGUCUUCUCAUGGUACAACGUGAACAUUCUACCGACAAUUCGGAGGUCCUCUUCACGUGCGGCGCGCCGACAGUAUUAGCAUCCUACGUCGAGAACGUUUGGGUACCGUCGCGCUCAAGGAGGGACAAGCCGCACUUAACUGAGGCUCUGUGGUUGUUCUGCGGGGCUCACGGAAUGCGAGUUUGGUUGCCGCUAUUCCGUAAUCAUCAGGAGAAGGCCCAUGCCUUUAUGAGCAAGCGGAUAAUGCUACCAUUUCACUUGCGCAUUUACCCAUUGGCGAUACUCUUUGAAGACGCGAUUCUACUGGGAGCCGAAAACGACACCGUGCUAUUCACGUCGGAUACUAACUCGCCCUUUUCACUGCCCUUCAAUUUAUUGGAGCUUACGAGUCAAGUGUAUCUGCAUCAGAUUCUGCGUCAAUUGAUACAUCGGAACUUGGGCUAUCACGCGUGGGAAAUAGCGCGCUCGUGCUCC